GGGUUUACUUCAUUUCUCAGUUCAGCCUCUCUUGGCUUAGAUAACAGUUCCUUUGCUUCCAAAAUUGGUAUUUCUUUUUAUUUAUUUUUUCUUUUUGAAGUGGUAUUAGCAAAAAUCGAGUAUAUAACAAAAUAUUUCACUAAAAUGUCGAAUAGCUAUGGACCUGGACCUGGAGCCUAUAUGCUGCCCAGCUGCUUUGGUCAAAAAGGACCGCGAUACUCCUUCGGCCAGAGGAUUGAUAGCAGGAAGCAUGAGAAAGUCGGUCCUGGACCGGCGGCCUAUAGAAUCGAUAAGGUCACCCGGUUUGGCAAGUCCGAGGGCCUGCAGUUCUCCAUUUUGGACAGGAAACCCCUCAAGAAACCCAUACCCAUCAAGUUCUAUUGAGCUGAAUUUUACCCUAAAUGUGGAUGCUCUAGAUCUUGAGGGGAUUUAAAUACAUUGAGAUUAUUUUGUGAGAUUCUGCUGGCGCCCAAGUGACUGUCAAAUAAAUUAAUGUAAACUUGGGCUUAUAGACAACCGAAGAGCUUAAACCCUGUGUCAAAAGAUA